AUGGAAGAUCCAGACUCUCAGCUAUUCCAGACACGCAAAGGACACCGCAUAGAACAGAUGGUAGUAAGAUGGCUACGACGUUCACGGGAUAAUGCAUCAUGUGUCAGGAUCUCAACAGGGGAUACUCUGUCUGGAGAGCAGAAUCAGAUAGGAUGUUCCUUAAAGCUCACAGUGGUGAUCCAUAAAGAUUUGCUUCUCCACAACUAUGGAUUUGACAUAUCUCGUAAGCCUCCUCUUGCUAUAGCAGCUGUCACUGCAGGCAGUCCAGCUGAAGGAAAACUUUUACCGGGUGACCAGAUACUCAGGAUAAACAAUGAAAGUAUUGAAAAUAUUCCAGCUGAGCAGGUGGCAGAUAUGGUCAGGGAAUCGGGGGAUUCUGUUAAGUUGACUGUGCUUCGAAAUUCCUUGAGUCCCAAAUCAUCCUUUCUUACUGCAGAAAAACGAGCGAGACUGAGAAGUAAUCCAGUGAAAGUGAGAUUCGCUGAGGAAGUGAUUGUAAAUGGCCAUACUCAGGGGAAUUCACUUCUUUUCAUGCCCAAUGUUCUCAAGGUUUACUUGGAAAAUGGCCAGACAAAAGCAUUUAAAUUUGAGAAGAAAACAACUGUAAAGGAUAUCAUCUUGACCCUUAAGGAGAAGUUGUCAAUUAACGUAAUUGAGCACUUUGCACUAGCUCUGGAAGAACAGUACAAUAUUUCAAAGCUUUAUCUUCUGCACGAGGAUGAACUUAUAGAACAGGUGGUGCAGAGAAGAGAGUCUCAUGAUUACAGGUGCCUCUUCAGAGUCUGUUUUGUACCCAAGGAUCCCUUGGAUCUUCUGCAGGAAGACCCAGUUGCCUUUGAAUAUCUCUAUUUACAGAGCUGCAGUGACGUACUUCAAGAAAGAUUUGCAACUGAGAUGAAGUGCAGUGUUGCUUUAAGACUGGCUGCCCUACACAUACAAGAGCGGAUUCACACAUGCGGACAGUCCCAGAAGAUAUCAUUCAAGUACAUAGAAAAAGACUGGGGAAUAGAUAACUUCUUAUCUCCAACAUUACUACGUAGUAUGAGAGGGAAAGACAUCAAAAAGGCCAUUAGCUUUCACAUAAAGAGGAAUCAGUGCAUUCUUGAACCAAGACAAAAGAAACCUGUAUCUGCGGCACAGGUCCGACUGCAUUACUUAAAGCUACUGGGAGAUCUGAAAACGUAUGGAGGAAAAAUAUUUAAUGCCACAUUAAUGCUUCAGGACAGAGAAUCGUAUGUGACCUUGCUGGUUGGAGCCAAGUAUGGUAUCAGUCAGAUCAUCAACAAUAAACUGAAUAUCAUGACAACAUUAGCAGAAUUUGCUAACAUCACCAGGAUAGAGCUAUGCCCAGAGUCUGAGAAAGUGAGCCUGGUGAAGGUCUACCUACAAGACAUCAAGCCUCUUUCUCUGUUGCUGGAGUCAAACAAUGCAAAGGAUAUAUCAUGCCUUAUUUCUGGAUACUGCAAGCUGUUUGUGGAUUCUGGAACUUCUGUAUUUACAUGGCUUGGUCAUAACCAAGUGCACCGAGUGUCUGCUGAAGAAGGUUAUGAAUCUCGAGUCUGCAGUGAUUCAGAGGAAUCAUUUGAAGUUGAUUCUCCUUUGAAGGUCUCAUCAGAUCGUCACUUUAUGAAAUACCCCAAUAUAAAACCACUAAAAGAAGAGGAGGAAGAAGGUAAUGGAGAAGGUGAUGAGGAAGAAUGUGUUCAUGAAUUCAAACCAAAGCAUGUCAAGAAAGACAGUGGUGUCGGAGAGCAAGAGAGCUAUGAUAGAGGGAAUAAUGAUACAGACAGUAUUUCUGAAGCCUCUGAUUCUGUUAACACUGAGAGUCAAGGUUACAAAAUUAGCUGGUCAAGUGAUUCAAUUGAUGCCCUCGAAGAAGAUGACCUGGAAACAUGUUCUUCAAGUAGACCAGAGUUCUUUCAGUUUUAUACCCACAGCUUGAAUAAUAUGACAACGGAAGACCAGAGUGUUUUUAAUGACAAUCAAGAACUAAAAGAAGACAGAAGGCUAGAAUCAGAUCCAUUACUUUGUUUUUUGCAACCCAGCAGCAGAACAGACACCAUUAUGGAUUCAUCAGAGCACAUAGAUACAGAGGGUAGAUAUGAGGAGGAACCACUACGUUUUUCUCUUGAAAGUCAGUUUGUGGAAAGCAAUAUCAUGGAAUACUACAGCCUUUGCACCAAUGUCUCACCAGCCAGUAGUGUGGACAAGAAUAUUCCCAGUAGCCCUGAGAACUGUGUGAAAAUUCCAGCCACUGAAAACAAACACUUGAGUGCUUACAAUAUAGUGUUUAAUGAAGGAGUGGAAGCACCCAUCUUGGAUCCUCCACCUGGUUUCGGGGACACCAGCUCUGAUGAGGAAUUUUUUGAUGCUGCAGAAAGAUUUAUACCAACUCUGACUUCAUCAGGUUCAAAAUCAAUGUUCAGUACAGAUAAAACAAUGUUCCCUUAUCCAGAAAAUACAUAUAUGGGCAAAAAGCAAAAGGAUUUAAGAAGGCCAACCAAACUUUUGAGAAAAAGGCGGUCAUACUUACAGACAGACUACACAUCCCAAGUCACAUUUCCUUUGUCACCAUCCAGUUCUUCAGAGGCUAUAGAUCAUGUGUGUUGUUAUGAGAAAGAAUCUCACAUGUCUGUUGGUUCUCAUUCUCCAACAGUAUCUUCUCUAAAAGACACCAAGGGAGAGCCUGCCCUGUUAGAAACUAAACCACUUUUCCAGCACAAACCCAUACUAAAAACCAAAGCACCUUCACCAAACAUAAUGGAAAUGGAACCUGACACCAUGGAAAUAAAGUCUGUGACAGACACUGUGACAUCAUCUGUCUCCGCUAUUCGUUUCAGAAGUGACUCCACCGCAGAAGAGACAGAACAAAGCAGUACAUGUUAUCAAACCAGUAUUCAUAAUCAAGAGACCUCCCCCGCUUCACCUAACUGGAUGAUCGCAGAGUUCAGUGGUCGAGCCAGUCCCUCCCAAAUAUCUCUACAACUGGACGACCAACCUGAUUCCAGUCCAACGUCAUUCAGUUGCAGUGACAAUAAUUUAGUUAACACCUCCAAAGAUAGAAAAAUAUUAGAUGACUUUGAGACAGAGAUGAAAACAUUUGAAGACACGUGUAAAAACAGAAUUCACGAUGAAACAAUCGAUGAACAUACUGGUUUUAAUUCUAACUCAGAUCCUUUAGGAAUGAAGUCACUUUAUUUUACUCAGCCAGAAGAACCAAUAUCUUCCAUGAAUUGUGUAGGAAGUCCUAACUCUCCUGGCUGUAAAAACAACAGAAACUGUGUAAUUUUGGUAUCCAAUGGUGAAAAUGUGCCUCUUGGUGAUGAGGAAGAACAUAUGGUAAGGUACACAUCAGCAUCAGAAAUAGAGAAUGCACCUGAUAUGACUGAAUGCUGCAAAGUUGACACGGAUGUAUCCGCAACUAUUUCCCAAACAGCACUAUGCACUUUAGAACUUUCUCAUGAUGAGGAGGCAGAGGAUUGUGCGCGUUUAGUAAAUUCAGAAACCCAAUCAGGGAGACAGGACCUAGUGGAUUCUUCUCUUGAACGUUUUAGACUGAACUAUAGUGAAUGCAGUAUGGAAAAUGUAAGUGACAUGGCACACAAUUCAGAUCUAAAAAAAUAUAAUGAAGCUAGAGUAACAAAACCUGGAAACUGCAGCUGCCAGUUAUCCUAUGCUAGCUGUUUCCGUGGUGUAGAUGCUGAGACGGAUGAUGAUAUGGUAGCACCAGAACCCCUGAUCUCCUCAUUACCAAUGACAAUUCCUCCUGUAUCAGAAAACAGAUUGUUUGUAGAAAACAACCAUAUUGCAACAAAUGGCAUCAGUGAUGGUAAAGAUCAUCACGAAGUUCUCAAUCUCUUAAGAGCUAGAAUAGAAGGCACACCCUCUGGCUAUGGCAAGCUGCAAGAUAGUGUGCUGGACUUGCAAAAAAUUUUAGAAGAUUAUAAAAACAAGGGGAAGGUGCACCCUCAAGACAAAUGCGGUAUAGCUUUUUCUGAACAAAAGUUAUCUCUUUCUGGUGUGUCUCGUAAGAUGAUGUCUACCUCCCAAAAGAUUCUGAGAUCAGACCAAUCAUCCGAAGAGAUGUAUCGAGCAGCAGAAGAAACACUCUUCAUUCUUAUACACACGACAGAGGUUUGCCUCCAGUUUUCCAGUUGUGUUCGAUGCAUUAAACGUCAGCAGGAUGUCCAUGUUAACCUUCAAGAUCUUAUAUGCACUUAUAAUCAGUUAGUCCAGGCGGCCAAAAAGACCUCGGAGACUGAAGGCAGAGACUUACAUCUUAAACUUUUGUCUCGCCAGUGCACUGCUCUUACUGCUGCUGUUUUUUGCCUGACACAACACUACAGGACACUGUUAUCAUUGUGA